UAUAUAGAAGCUCCCCCAAACCACUCUAGUUUCAAAUUUACUCCUAACUAAAAGUCUAAAAUGCCCAUCAGUUUUGCCGUUAACUACAAACACACCCCUGCGAAACAAAGAAGCGCCCUAAACCCCCCAAGCCGAGCAGGGUAACAGAGCUCAACUCAUAAGCUUCUCUCUCCACCGCCGCCGUUCGCCACCGUCUCCGUUUCAGGAUUGAAAUGGGCUCCUCAAAUAUCAGAGACAUCUUGACUUCGUUCAGUCCUUCUUCGGAUUUCUUCGCUAUCAGUUCCGGAGAUGGUCGAAUUAAGAUCUGGGACACUGUCAAGGGCCAUGUCCAGACUGAGUUUUCUGAUAUCGUGUCGACUGGUGGAAGUGGAACUAAUUUAUUUGGUAAACCAGAAAGGGGUCACCUUUCGGUUGAUUAUACUUGCAUGAAGUGGCUGUCUUUAGACAAAAAGAAAAAAAGGAAGAUUGGAAGUUCAUUGUUGGUGUUGGGGACCGGCAGUGGCGACGUUCUAGCACUGGAUGCAUCAGCUGGUCAAUUGAAGUGGAGAGUUAGUGAUUGCCAUCCCGGGGGUGUUAGUGCCAUUUCAUUUCCAACACACGAUUCAUGCAUUUACACGGCGGGUGUGGAUGGCAUAAUUUGCAAACUAGAUUCCAUGUCAGGAAACUUGUUAGAGAAGUUCAGAGCUGCUACGAAGGCAAUAUCUUCUAUGUCUGUUUCAUCAGAUGGGAAGACAAUAGCAACUGCGGCUGCUCAGCUGAAGGUUUUCAAUUGUUCAGAUCAUACAAAGAUACAGAAGUUUUCAGGCCAUCCUGGGGCUGUCCGUUGUAUGAUCUUCACCGAUGAUGGGAAAUACAUUCUUUCUUCUGCUGUUGCUGAACGUUACGUUGCAGUUUGGAAACUAGACGGUGGCAAAAAGCAAUCAUCCUGUUGUGUUCUUACAAUGGACCACCCUGCUGUUUUUCUGGAUUGCAGACAUAUUGAUGAUGGGGAUGUAGAUGCUUCAGGUUUCUAUGUUUUGGCCAUCUCGGAAAUUGGUAUUUGCUAUUUUUGGUAUGGAAAGAAUAUUGAGGAAUUACGCAAUACCAAGCCAACGAAGGUCUCCUUGUCUCUUGAUGGCCAGUUCUCUAAGAGUCAUAAGGGUGCAGUAACUACUAUAUUUGCUGCAAAAUUACAAGGCAUCGCCAAACCUGCCUCUGGGCACAUAUUUUUGGCCCAUGGUUUGCUAAUAAAGCCAUCAUUUGAGAAAAUCUUAGUGCAUUCUGGCACAGACAUAAGAUUAAACAGUUCCUCGGAUGGACUCCUUCUCCCAAUCAGUCAGUCUCGCAAGUCUAAAAAAGGGUCAAAUGCACAUAAUGAAGUUAGUGCACUAGACCGUGCAAAUGCAGAAGAUGCUCUACUUCCAAUUCCUAAGAUUCUUGAUUUUCAUGACAAAAAGAAAAGACAUCAAAAUUCAAGUGUUGUCCCAGAUGAGGUGAUGGUUGAUAAUUUGGUCGACAGCCAGAGGCGAGCUCAGGCAAAGAGAGAUGACAUGGGUGAUGUUGAAGACACUCCUACUAUUUGCAUGGAGGACCGGUUAAGGACCUUAGGUAUACUAGGUAAUAAGGAUGAUCAUACACCAAUUGAUUCUACAAAGUUGAGGGGCAUCAAUAUUGAAGUUAAUCUGCCACAAAAGAAGAUGAGGGCAGCUAUUUUAUCCAUGGUACCUAGUGAUGCUUACAAGUUAUUGGAAGUCUUGUUGGCCAAGUGGCAGUCAAGAUCAUGCAGCGGAAAGUAUGUUCUUCCCUGGAUUUAUUGUAUAUUGGUAAAUCACAGUGAUUACAUCAUAUCUCAAGAACCAGUGACCCAAUUACUGGAAACCUUAAACAAGCUUACCAAGUCCAAAGAGGCGUCUAUUCAGUCUUUAUUGCAGUUAUCAGGUCGUUUGCAACUAGUAACAGCACAGAUUGAUAAGGCUGCUCAGAAUGAAGGUAAUAGCUUUCUGCAUGAUCGCCAGAUGGAUGAAAGUGAAGAUGACGACGAUGAUGUUGAUGAAUUUCUCUAUGGUGAAGAAGAUAAAGAAUCCCAAAGCAGUAGUGAGGAUGAAGACUAGAUUUUUUCUUCCGCAGGAGGUUUCAUUUGCAUGGCCUGGGCCUCACCCAGUGGAUUCUUAGUAGGAUUGAUGUGGUGGGAUCGUGGGACAUAUCUGUUACUUUUGUCGCAAACUAUCGAAUUAAUCCUUUGGUGCUGUAUUCUGGUAACUAUGACAAAUUUUCUAUUUUUUGUCACUGCGCAUGAUGGUCCAUCCCUGCUUACGUCGCCCACAAUUUUGUCUCAUUUUCAUUUAAAUCCUUGCUCAUAGGACAGGUUUCUUAAAUCUCUCUUUUUUUUUUUGGUGAUUUUUUAUUCACAGCAAUCUCCUUUUUCCUUCCCUCUCUGGUUCUUGUAAUAUUUUCUUAGCAACAUUGGUUUACAAGAGAUUUAUGGUAGCUUAUAAAAUACAAGUGUUUAUGUCGAGGAAUAUUGUAAUGGAUAUAUUAGAGAGAUGCUGUUUGGGAAACUUUA